AUGACACAUUUCCGUUAUCUGCUCAUCGUUCUUAUUGCUGGUACUAGCGCUCUUCAGGAACAGACAUAUUCCGUAGCGAUAGCAUAUAUUAAUCACCUGUAUCGAAGUCGAGUAGGCAUAUCAUUCUUCGAGAUUACUGUUGUUGAUAGGAGAUUUAUCGAGAAGGCUGCAACUGUUCUGCUUCUCCUUUCUGCUAUAUAUUAUUUCAACGAUUAUGAUAAAUAUCCAAUUCACGGUUGCAGUAAGACAGCCUCUGCGAUGCAGGAUGCAAUUUGA